AUGUCGGGAAACAAUCGUAUGUCGAUGUAUUCGACGGCGUCUUCAUUGCCAGGAGGCUCACGAAAUAUCCAUUCUGCUGCCCAGCAGUCGACACAAGUGUCUACGACCACUCUCCUGAAUGCUGUACACACGAUUUAUACAUCUGGACAACCAUACGCACUAGAUGCAAGCUCUAGCUUGGUUGUGAAUACUUGGUUGACAGCUUCUCAACCGGACCAUGAAGGAAGAGUUGGAGGUACAGUGGAUGCUGCACUAGCCGCUCGAGCUUGGGAACAUGCAAGACGAAGAGCCGAAGAUGGUUGCAUAUUUCUUGGAUCUUUGCAUGAAUCUACACCCUCAGUUCUAACACCAUUUUUAUCAACACUACCCCUGUCUAUUCCAUCGUCAUUAUAUACAGCUCUCAAUGCUCUCAGACCUUUCAUCCACUCUGUAUCCCCACAAAAUCACUCUACACCUCGUCAAUCAGGACUUGCUGUCGCACUUACACUUACACUGGCUGGAAACUUGACAGCAGUCUCCCUGGCCCUUUCUGAUGGAGGCAUUGACACUUCCAAAGGUCUACUUAACAUUCCCGCUGAACAAGGUUACAGAGCCUUCGAUGUGUUCUACUAUCUUCUCACUUCUGCCUCGACACCUGCCGAGCGAGAGUUCUUGGGACUGAAACAUGCUUCUAACUACUCAUUGUUGGCAAAGUCGGGCACCUACGAUCCUCCUUCCUAUCUUCCAACAGCCGACGAUGCAGCAGCAGCAGACGACUUCCGAGCUGCAUUGAAGGAGAUUGGAAUUAAGGGCUCAGCACACCGGAACCUGAUAUCAAUCUUGGCCGGUCUGUUGAAAUUGGGUGACACUCUUACCCUGAGUGUGGAUGAGGACGUGUUGGAAGAUAUCUGCGAAGACGUUGGAGGACUUCUCGGUCUCGAGCCCGAGGUCUUGGCUCACCAAUGCACAACUUCAGAUCGAGAAACCUUGAUUGGUGGACUCUACGAAGCACUUGUAGACUGGGUUAUCCUCAAGGCAAACGAAGCUAUUGCCAGCGAGAUGGUCCGCAUCAAAGAUGCGGAUAACUCGAGUGAUGGAGGUCCUGGAGCGAGGACACCAAACACUGAAGAGGAGAAUGGAGAUAGCGUCUGCAUCACAGUGCUGGAAAUUCCCAACCCAACCCUUGGAAAGGCAGCAGCUAUGCGUGGUGUGUUCGAUGACACUCAAGGUAUCAAUGCAGAGAUGAAGGAGGAUGGAGUUGAAGUCGUCGCCGCAGGAUCUUCAGUCUUGAGAGAGAUGCAGAACGCAGUAAAUGACGUCGCACCAGACCUUGGGAUCAUGACUGGACCAGCUGGACGAGAACGUGAGCACGAACUAGAGAAACGUGAAGUUGUGCUUGAGAAGGUUGGCCGAGAGGGUGAAGAAGAUGGGUUCUUGAAGAAAAUCCUCUUCCCGGUCGAAGGCCAAGGUGUCAGUCUUGGUCGAGAGGGGCGAGUCGAUCUUCCUAACAUUCUUGGAAGUAGCAGAGUCUGGUAUCAUCUGUCCCUUCAUCCAACAGACGAAUCUCCAGCGAGCUUGGCGGCUUUACCUUCAACUACUUCGGCUUGGUCAGCUGGAACAGUUUCCCGACAAUUGCGUGCCUGGAGACUACCAGAAUGGGCGAAUAGACGAAACAAGAAUCUUGACUUCACUGCUGAUUUCGAUCACGACGAGUUUGUCCAACGAUAUGCCACUCUUGGCUGCAAAGAUGGAAGAGAUGGAAUCGAAAGCUGGAUCAUGGAACGUGGAUGGAGUAACGGUGAAGUGGUCGUUGGCACAGAACGCAUCUGGAUGCGGGAAACUGCAUGGUGGGAAGCAGAAGGAAUGCUGGACCUCAAGCCGGCUGAUGAUCAAGGCUUUGCCAGUCUUGGCGGAGUUCUAGGAGCUGAUCCCAUGGAGACUGGCUACUCAGCCGGCCCUCACAAUGGGAGCGGCUUCUUCCCUCCUAUGAACGAGUUGACUCAAAAUGACAGCAGAGAGCAACUCAUCCAGAGACAACAAAGCUCAAUGACCCUACCACGGAGCAAUCUUGGUGCUGCCCGCUCAGUUGCGCCCACUUCUCGCAAUGUUAGCGGUGGUGACUACGGUCUUGGUUUCAAGGGAGAUGACCGCAAGGGUCAAGUCUAUUACAAUAAUGAGAUGGGCGAAUUCAUCGACAAUAUGGAUCCUGAAAUGGCAGAGCCCAAGACUAUCCAGACUACAGCUAUGUCAACUGGUCGUCGCGUCUGGGUUGCCGUUGUCUGGCUGAUGACUUUCUGGAUUCCCUCCUUCGUCCUCAGGUUCGUUGGCCGGAUGAAGCGUCCCGACGUUCGCAUGGCCUGGCGAGAAAAGCUUGUUUUGUGCUUCUUCAUUCUGUUCAUGAACGGGGUCAUUGUAUUCUGGAUCAUCGAGUUCGGAAGACUUCUGUGCCCGAACUUCGACAAAGCUUGGGAUCAAACCGAAGUCGACACUCAUCAAGGAUCGAAUGACUUCUGGGUCAGCAUCCAUGGCAAGGUCUAUGAUAUCUCCAAAUUCUGGAAAACACAACACAGUGACACGGUCAUUGAAACCACUCAAGAUGUUAUGCAACCUUUCGCUGGCCUCAACUUGGACGAGUAUUUCGUGCCCCCUUUGAGUGUUUCUUGUCCCGGUUUGGUUGCUUCAGACGACACCUCGCUCGUUCUCCAAGCCAAUACUACUGUACUUUAUCCCGAAGGUGUGCACACUUCUGGUCCUCUUCAACCAUACACCACUAGUGCGCUUCACAAUAUCAAUUGGUACCAGGAUACUUUCUUGCCAAAGAUUCAAGAAUACUAUCACGGCGACUUAGUCACGAAGAAGAGCACUGUCGAGAGUGAUGGUCAAAACAAUAAUCACUACUGGUUCAUCCUAUACGGCAAGAUCUACGAUCUUACGGAUUAUUUCUACACCUUGAAGUUGGAAGGUAACCUUGCUUCCUACGAGUUCAUCGAUACAACAAUUGCAAGCAUGAUCACGCAAAACCCUGGCCUAGACAUAACCAGUCUUUGGGAGAAGAAUUAUGCGAUUUCGAAUUCGACGCAACAAGACGUCAUUGCAAACAAUCUGAAUUGUUUCAAACACACCUUCUAUGUCGGUAUUCCGGAUUUCCGUGAUUCGGUAAAGUGCCAGAUCAACAACUAUAUCUUGCUAGCAUUCACGAUUAUUUUGUGUGCUGUCAUCCUGACGAAAUUCUUGGCUGCCCUUCAAUUCGGUUCAAAACGUCGGCCAACGCCCCAAGAUAAAUUCGUUAUUUGCCAGGUUCCUGCAUAUACAGAAGGUGAAGAUUCAUUGCGGAAGGCACUGGAUUCUUUGACGGCUCUACAAUACGACAAUAAGAGGAAGCUGAUCUGUGUCAUUUGCGACGGUAUGAUCGUUGGAGGUGGUAAUGACCGACCCACGCCAAAGAUUGUCUUGGAUAUCUUAGGCGUUGACCCCAAAAUCGAUCCUCCAGCACUUCCAUUUAAGUCUGUCGGAGAAAGCAGCGAACAGCUCAACUACGGAAAAGUUUAUUCUGGUCUCUACGAAUACGAAGGCAAUGUCGUUCCAUACAUCGUUGUUGUCAAGGUUGGCAAGGAAUCCGAACAGCAAAAGGCAAAGCCUGGUAAUCGUGGAAAAAGAGACUCCCAAAUUCUGCUCAUGAGCUUCCUCAACCGUGUCCACCAUCGAUCACCCAUGAACCCACUUGAACUGGAAAUGUUCCAUCAAAUCAACAAUAUUAUUGGUGUCGAUCCCGAGCUUUACGAGUAUCUCCUCAUGGUUGAUGCUGAUACUAGUGUCAGAGAAGACUCUCUCAAUCGUCUAGUUGCUGCUUGUGCCAACAAUGCUAAGAUUGCCGGUAUCUGUGGUGAGACUUCACUUGAGAAUGAGGAACGAUCAUGGUGGACGAUGAUUCAAGUUUACGAGUAUUUCAUUUCCCAUCACUUGGCCAAAGCUUUCGAGUCCCUGUUCGGCAGUGUCACUUGUUUGCCUGGUUGUUUCUCCAUGUAUCGUCUCAGGACAGCUGACAAGGGCAAGCCUUUGAUUAUUUCAGACGCUGUCAUUCACGAUUACAGUGAUUGUCAAGUCGACACUUUGCACAAGAAGAAUCUCUUGUCCCUUGGAGAAGAUCGUUACCUCACUACUCUCAUGACAAAGCACUUCCCCUACAUGUCCUACAAGUUCAUCCCCGAUGCCUAUGCCAGUACCGCAGCACCCGAAACCUGGAGCGUUCUCCUCUCUCAGAGAAGAAGAUGGAUCAAUUCCACCAUUCACAACCUAGCAGAAUUGGUCUGGCUCAAGGAGAUGUGUGGUUUCUGCUGUUUCAGCAUGAGAUUCGUUGUCUUCAUUGAUCUCUUCGGAACAAUCAUUCUUCCUGCAACUUGCGCCUACCUCGGCUACCUCAUCUAUAGAGUGGCUACUCACUCCGGCCAAUUCCCCUUGAUUUCCAUUAUCAUGAUCGCCGCUGUGUACGGUCUUCAAGCUCUUAUCUUUAUCUUGAAGCGACAAUGGCAACACAUUGGCUGGAUGAUUAUCUACAUCCUCGCGUUCCCCAUCUAUUCGUUUGUUCUCCCCGUCUACUCCUUUUGGAACCAAGACAACUUCUCCUGGGGAAAUACCCGUAUCGUCAUCGGUGAAAAGGGUAGCAAGCAAGUAGUCGCAAUCGACGACGAAGGCUUCGACCCCCGCAGCAUCCCUCUACAACGCUGGGACGACUAUGCAUCCGCCAACAACCUUCCGGGCCGCCGCGGUGGUCCCGUAGAAAAGAACUUCGAAACCUACGAAGAUCAAUACGAGAUGGACGACAUGAAAUCGAUGUACUCGUCCGUAAAGCCAGCUUCCACCGUCCUAACCGGUUUCCAACGAGGAGGUCCAUACAUGCCACCUCAAUCUCCCGCUUUUGGCGGCCCCAACAACCGCGUCUCAGUUUACGGAACUCCAUACGUGGAUACAGCUCCUCAGGCCGUUAGACACCAAUCCAUGAUGUCCCUAGGUGGAGGCCUCCAGGACCGUUCUGCAAGCCCAUACCAAGAUUACCCAACCCAACAAUCAAAUCUACACUCCACCCGCCCAAGCAUGGUCAUGCUCCCCACAUCCUCGUCGCAUGACCUCCUCUCCGGCUCCCCCUCUCCCUUGCACCAACAACAACACAUGUCCAUGUCCGGCUCACGCUCCCAGAUCGGCUUCACAGGCGGUUCUCGGCCCCCUCUCGCGGCGGGAGAUCUGAGUCGUCCGGUUUCAACCUUUGAUUUCCAGAGAGGAAACCAGGGGCCCGAUGAUGGCAUGAUUGUGGAGGCUAUUCAGAGUUGUUUGAGAGAGGUGGAUUUGGAUAAUGUUACGAAGAAGCAGGUUAGGGCGUUGGUGGAGCAGAGGUUGCAGACUGAGUUGGUGGGGGAGAGGAGGACGUUUUUGGAUCGCAUGAUUGAUGCUGAGUUGGCUAAUAUGUGA